CUGCUACUGCUCCAACCCUACCGCCGCCCCGGCAGCACAGCCCGUCCGCCAUGUACCGGUACUUCGGCGCCCCGGCGGUGGCCUUUUGGAAAGACGGCCAGCCGGAGCACCACUUCCUCGCCGGCAAGGCCUCUGAGGCUCAGGCAGACCCGGCGGCGACUGACGCGUUUACUGUUCCCGAUUGGAUCAGUUGGUUUGCUGCUUCCGAUCCCCAGCGCGACGCACAGGUAGCAGCUAUGGAAGCUCCAAAUGGAAUGGCACCAGCAGCUGCAGUCACAGCCAUGCACCAUGCAGAGUUUAAUGCCCAUUUCAGCCAUCCUCUGCCAAGGAAUGAUCUAAGGAAGUUCGUCAAGAAAAUACCCAAGGUUGUGCAGCCAGUAACCUGUCAAGUGUGCAACAUGCAGUUUGGCUCCGUAAAUAAUAUCAGGAGCCAUAUAACAGGUAACAAGCACAAGAAGAAUUUGGAAAAGUUACAAGACUCGAUCACGCCUAAAGUAGCAGAGAUUCCAGACGGUGCUGUUGCUGUACAUCGAACAGGGAGAAAGAGGCUGGAGAAACCAGUACCCUGUGAACUAUGCAAGUUGCAGUUGACCUCCAUAAAUGAAUUCAGGAGCCAUGCAGCAGGUAAGAAGCACAAGAUGAAUUUGGAAAUGUUACAAGACUCGACGAUGCCUAAACUAGCAGAGCCUCCAAACGGUGAUGUUGGAGAUAGUACAGAAGCUGCUGCUGCUGUCAUUGAUGGCAUGAUACCAGCUGCACAGCCAAUGGAAAAUAAGAGCCCCGCAGCAACCCCGGAAGAUCUGGAGGCUGGAGCACCUGAAGGUGAACUGAAAGUCUGCACGGUGUCAAAUGUUGUCAAGAAAAUACCAAAGGUUGUGCAGCCAGUAACCUGUGAAGUGUGCAAGAUGCAGUUGGCCUCCGUAAAUGAUAUCAGGAGCCAUGAAACAGGUAAGAAGCACAAGAAGAACUUGGAAAAGUUACAUCGAACAGGGAGAAAGAGGCUGGAGAAACCAGUACCCUGUGAACUAUGCAAGUUGCAGUUGACCUCCAUAAAUGAAUUCAGGAGCCAUGCAGCAGGUAAGAAGCACAAGAUGAAUUUGGAAAUGUUACAAGACUCGACGACGCCUAAACUAGCAGAGCCUCCAAACGGUGCUGUUGGAGCAAGUACAGGACCUUCUGCUGCUGUCGCUGAUGGCAUGAUACCAGCUGUACAGCCAGUGGAGAAUAAGAGCCCCGCAGCAACCCCCGAAGAUCUGGAGGCUGAAGCAGCUGAAGGUGAACUGAAAAUCUGCACGGUGUCCAAUGUCGUCAAGAAAAUACCAAAGGUUGUGCAGCCAGUAACCUGUGAAGUGUGCAAGAGGAAGUUUACCUCCGUAAAUGCUAUCAGGGACCAUGAAAGAGCUAAGCACAAGAAGAAUUUGGAAAAGUUAACAGACUCGAUCACGCCUAUACUAGCAGAGUCUCCAAAUGGUACUGUUGGAGCAAGUACAGAAGCUGCUGCUGCUGCUGUCACUGAUGGCGUGAUACCAGCUGUACGUCCAAGGAAGAGAACGGGCCCCGCAGCAACCCGAGAAGACCUGGAGGCGAAGAAGAGGCGAGUGAUUGAGCAGGGAGUAGCUGAAGGUGAAAUGAAAAUUUGCACGAUGUGCAAUGUCGUGGCCAUUGACCAGAGGUCUUAUGAGAAGCACACAGCUGGGCUGAAUCACAAAUUCAAGCUGCAAAAGCAGCAGCGACCGCAGCUUCCCGAUGUAGCCUGAGAUGAAGAGCGGCUCGACUCUUCUAUUUUUCCCAGCGUUUGUUUCAGUUCUUUCAAAGGGUCAAUAGAACAUCACAAAUU